UGGCAGGCAGUCCUUUCGCUGAAGAGUUCAGCCGUCGUGUUGUCGCCUUGCUCCUUUUCUUGGUUGUUGUCGCCGUCGCCGUUGUCGUUGUCGUUGCCUUUGUCGUCGUAGUUGUCGUUAUCGUGGUCGUUGUCGCCCUGCUCUAUUGUUGCCACCAAAAAAAAAAAAAGAAGAAACGCAAGAGACGAACAAAAAAUGCCACGAAAGAAAAUGUGGAGCGUGAAUGUGGCGAUUGUUCAGCAUUAGCAACUUUUGACCCCGUGCGCAAUCAGGUCACCAUUGUUCCAUGGUAAACAGUGGUAAACCGAAUGAAAACCAAAAAACCGAAAAACGGCAAAUGUGUGCUGGUGAUUUGUGAUUGAAAAUGCGUAAUCCCCGUUCCGUUGUCAUCGUGUUCACCGCGUAACCUGAACCUUGACCUUUGUGAACUGCACGUGGCAAGGAAAGCAAGAAUAACGGGAGAAAGAGCAAGCGAGAAAGAGCGAGCGAGAAAUAGCCAAGCAAAGCAAAAUAGUGAACAAGAAAAACAAAACUGUCCGUCCAGCAUUCUUUUUUCUACACAGCACUACACAUUUAAAGAAUGUAAAUGUAAAGUGAGUCAAAAUCAGAGAGAGAGACCUCAAAACUGGCCAUUGGCAGGCCAACAACACACACAGACACACUCAAACACACACACACACAUACGCACACGUAUCCUGCUUUGCCGCAGUCAUAAAAUAAUCAAGAAGCAGCAAGAGCUAAAUCAGGCGAAAGCAAGAGGACUGCAGCGUGCUGAUGUUGACGAAACAUCUCCGUUGGGACGAAUAAAGCAAUUAGCAAAGGUUCGAAAUUGCCCCCACUGCCAGGAGGAGCGGAUGAGCGGAGCGAAAGGAUGCAGGAUGCGUGGGACUCCGUGGAGUAUUUAGCCUAAUCGAGAGUGAUGCCGAGCACAAAAAUGCAGGACCCUCCCUGCAAAAGUCAGCAAUGUGCGAGAUAACGGGACACCGGACAGCCAGGCAACCAAAAAAAAAGAAGGAAAAGCAAAAGCAAAAGCAAACGAAACGAGAAAUCGAACUCUCCCUGUGAUAUAACUUGCACCGUAAUCGUAAUCUAGCUCUUAGUUAUCGUUAUCGAUCAAUAAUCGCCAUAAUCGCCGCAAUUGUAAGCUAAGUUACAGCACUAAAUAUCGCCGCUCUGCUCCGCCGCCGCCACCGCCAGACCUGCGCCUAAAAAAAAAUCAAAUAUAUAGUUAUAUAGUAUAGACUAUAGACUACUAAACCCGACCAAAAUCGAGCUAAAAUAUGGGAGACGAGCAGGACAAGCGAACCGGCAAGGAGAAGCUGCUGUUCUACACCACCGCCUUCUUCAUCCUGCUGGGGACUUUCAGCCUGUUUGCCUUCCUGUUCCUGGUGCCCUUCGUCAUCGAGCCCGCCUUCACAACGAUCUUCAUGCAGUUCGAGGAGGUCCCGGCUCUUUGCGAGACCUACGACACGGAGAUCUAUUACGGGGCCAAGAACUGCUCGUGGGCGUCCUGCCGCGAGGGCUGCACCAAGGAUAUCUACACGUGCACCCAGAUCCGGGUGAACUACCGCCUCAAUCUGUACAACUACACCGAUGAGUUCAACUUCACGGAGUAUCACAUCAAUCUCAAGGAAUCGGAGCGCAUAGUGCCGCCCGUAAAGCGAACGGAUCGCUAUGAGCGGGCUCUGAGGAGCGACUACGAGUACGAUAAUCUGGGCACCGGUGGCACCGGACUGGAUAUCGACUUGGGUGGCGGGCGGCUGGAGCAGCUGAAUUUCGGGGAUGCCGACGGCUCCAACGGGUACCUCAUCGAGGAUUCGGAGGAUACGCACGGGCUGAGUGCCUCGGGCACCCUUAUUCCCGACGAGCGAAGACCCUUCGACGAGAUCUCCGAGCUUAACGAGGGCCUCAUGGGCAAUCGAUCCAUGUACUACUAUGUGGGGGCGCGGCUCUUUCCGAACGUCAAGGGCUGUGGCUACCCGCCUAUGCUCAAUUGUACCAUCUGGCUGAAGAGGUACACCAAGAUCGGCAUGAAGUUCCCAUGCUACUACUCCAAGGUGGAUCCCAGUCUGGUCAUCAGCGACCUGGACUACUGGCAGAACACCCUGAAUCUGGUGUACUCGAUGGCUAUUCCCAUACCCUCGUUCAUCAUCUCGGUGAUCUAUCUGACGUACGCCUACUUCAAGAUCUACAACGAGGACGAGGAGACGGCGCCGCUGGACAAGAAUGCCGAGGACAUGGACAUCGAUGACAUCGAUGCCGUGGACGACAGCGAUGGCGCCGUGCUGGCCGACAAUGUGGCCGGCAGCCAGAUCAUCAACAUGGACUCCACCACCAACGACAGUUGUCUGGAGGGUGUCCUGCCCAACGGCGGUCCCGGAAUGACCGCCUCCAUAUCGCAGGGUGGCUCGGUGACCACCCCGGGUGGUCAUCCGUACAUCGCGCAGAGUCCCGCGGGCUCGCAGAUGACGCCCAACUCGGAGAUGAACUCGUUCGGCCACCAGCUAAAGGUCCAGAUGGCCGACGAGCUGUCCAGGGACUCGCUGGAGAACGGAGUUAUCUCCACGUCCAACUCAGUGCAAGGAAACUUGAGCAAGACGAUGACGACGAGUAUCUCAACUCCUCCUGGGCCGACGGCGGCAGUCUGAAACGUCAGGCGCAUGGUCUGGAAAAUGUUAGAUUCCGAUUCGGAAAAUGAGCCGCUGCUGGAUUCGUAGGCCGCCGAGCGGACAACGGACCACGGAGCAGGCGGAGAUCAUCGGAGCAGCGACCCAAUCCAAAUCCAAAGAACAAAACCGAAAAGCGAUAACCCCAAGUAUUUCUACCCGAAACAAUCGACAACAACGCAGCGAAUGCGACCGAACCUGAAUACCUUCAGAGCUGUUAGCGGCACCUAAAUGAACUAUGAUAGAUUAUAUUUACCUUAUGGACUAGCUACUCAGACACCCACUCACCCACAUAAAGCACGCUAGAAAUCCGGAGUAACUCCGGAUCGCCACACCCACUCAAAAUUGCAACACACGGGCAUUAGUAUAUCUGCACAGUAUCUGAUAUCUGGAGAUUGGACGGAUAAUGGAUGAUGCCACAUCUUAGGCGAUUGGUACAAAAUACAAUAAACAUAGACCGCAAGAACUCGAGCAUGGAGUGCUAUUCAUAUACCUAGAGGAAACUAUAAUACUUAUACACGCAUAUACAAAUAUUUACUUGAAUUAUUUUUCUAUUUGCAACAAUCGUCGUCGUCUCGAGGCCGAAAAAUAAAAAACACAGAAACUACACACUACCCAUGCCCGAAAACCAAAAAACCGAAUAAAGCAAAUAAAAGUAAAACAUAAUAAAGCGCGCAACUUAUUUACAAAUCGAUAAAUCGAGGCGCUGAGGUUUUUUAAAUAUUGUAAUGCCCAUUCAAGUGCUGCAGACCGCAAAACACAAGCGAGGAACACUCGAAACCAAAAACAGAAAUUAAAUUUACCGAACGAAUGCAUCGUGUAUUUAAUUUAAACGUAACGAUAAACGAAAGCAAGUCGAAUGCCUAUAUUUGAAGUAAAUUAAAUUAAAAUUAAAUUAAAUUAAAUUAACGUAAAUUAACUAACAAUUGUUAUCCUUCAAAUUAAUGCGGAUAAAAACUCACAGCUUUAACUAACUGAAACGGAGGCAUAAGAUUUUUCUUCUACAUAUUUAUUUUAUUAAGAUUAUUAACGGAUAAUGAAUAUUUAUAGGUCCUACAAAUGGUUCAAGCUAUUCAAUUAAAAACUUACAAAUAAAAUAUUGCAUUAAAUCUUAAUAAUUUAGGUCUGAAAUUAAAUAUAAAAUAACGUUUCCUUUUUAUAUUACAAACAAAACCGAAAACCGAAACACAUUUCUAAAAGCGAAGGCGAAUAAUCUCAAAAUUCGUUGCCUAGGCAUAUAGAAGCAUCCGCAUCAGCAUCUGCAUCCGCAUCAAUAAACUGCACUUUUGCGCAUAAUGUAUCAAUGAAAAGCGGCAAAGAACUACACAGAAAAUCGUUUGUUUUUAACGACAGUUGAAGAUUGUUAACGAGAGUUAAGCAAUGGCAAAACAGAAGCGCAACUAUUAGCUAAUAUCAUGUAAAACAGACAAACAAAUAACAAAAUGCUACUAGAAUUGAAACCAAAUACAUGAAAAUCUCGAAAUAAAUACGCAUUUAGCAGCCUAAA